AUCUCCUCUGUUGUUUAAAAUAUUUACUACAUCCAUCAUUCUUCUGAGACCCACGUCUUAACUUGUUUGAUUUUCGAAGCCCUUCGAAGCCCAAGGCUUGUCUAACCGUUUCUGAUUUCUCACUCUCCUAAAGUGGUUAUUCGGAUUAGUAUUAAUCAUGCCUCCGCUGAAGGCCUUGGAGAGCUGCAAUCUUUACACAGUUGGAUGGAUCACCGCUCUUCCGCUAGAGCGUGUAGCAGCGACUGCAAUGCUUGAUGAGGAACACGAACAACCACUCGAUCUGGUUCAGCCUAUUCACGACACAAAUGCAUAUAGUUGGGGCCGAAUUGGGGAGCACAAUGUGGUCAUAGCAUCACUGGGAGCAGGUGUUUAUGGUACAAUAUCCGCUGCUACUACUGCAUUGCCUAUGCUCUCCACCUUCCCUCAAAUCAGAAUCGGUCUGCUUGUGGGAAUCGGAGCGGGUGUUGCCAGGCCAGACGAAGGCCUCGAUAUAAGACUUGGGGAUGUUGCCGUGAGUCAACCGCAUGGAAAUAACGGUGGUGUAAUACAAUACGAUUUGUUUAAAGCAAAAUCCGGAAAUCAGCGAGAGUCCAGAUCUUUUCUCAACAGACCGCCAGAGGUUCUCCUCAAGGCGUUGGCGAAGCUACAGGCAGAGCACGAGCGAAGACCUUCCAAAGUGCCAGAAUUUCUUGCACAAAUGGCGAGAGAGUAUCCAAGAAUGGCCAAUUCCAAAAAUGGCUAUGUGCACCAAGGUUUUGAAGAUGAUCGGUUGUUUAAGGCCACAGAGCCUUAUGAAGAAAUACUACGUGAGAAGCGCGACUCAACCGAACCUCAGAUCCACUACGGUGUCAUCGCUUCCGGCAAUACGCUUUUCAAAGAUUCUGUAUACAGAGAUGAAAUCCUGAAGGAUGUCGGGAAAGAGUGCAUUUGCUUUGAAAUGGAAGCCGCAGGUCUGAUGAAUAAUUUCCCAUGUAUUGUGAUCAGAGGUAUUUGUGAUUACGCAGACUCCCACAAGAAUGAUCGAUGGCAAAGGUAUGCCGCUGCAACAGCUGCUGCAUAUGCAAAAGAACUUCUUGGAUACGUUCCUGUUCAAGAUCUUCAGAGGACCCAGAAGGCUAUUGAGGUGGCGGAGGAUAAAGGUCAUCAAUAUUCUAUCCAUAUAGGUGACACCAAAUACCAGGGAAACAUUACAAAUAAUUCGGGGGUGGUGAUGGGAAAUGCCUAUGCUUCGGCAAAGGAUGGCAUUCGGAUUACAGGUUCGAAUAAUUACUAUGGAAGUGACUGGAAUCCGUCUCCGACAUAUGAAUGACAGUGAUGGCACUGAGAGGAAAACUGUCCAACGCAGCUACACCCUCGGUAGGGACACAGGAGAGCAACGUGCGUCGCAAGUCGUACUAUAAAGGAAGUAGCUAAUAUGAAGCGGCUGUGGUAGGAGAAUGUUAAGUUCAGGCAAUAUUUGUUAACCGGGACAGACUGAUAUUAUAUUUGGAAUUCGAUUUCUGCAGCUGUGGAUACUUGAUGAAUUUCUUUAAUGUUAACGUUACUUUGUGGAAUUAUACACUGAUACUGUGG